AUGUUCACCUUAUCAUUGAUUUUAAUUGGUACUGCUUGUUUUGUUGCAACUACACCAAUUGCAAAUGAUCCAUUUACAAUUGUUAGUAGUGAUGUUUCUCCUUCAUCACGACUCAUUUCAUUCGACAAAAGUGUUGAUAAAAUUCUUUCCUUUUGGACUGAUGAUAAAUUGAAAGCAGCAAAAUCGGUGAUGCCAAUUCGCAAGAUCAAUUCUCAAACAACUACAAAAACUGAGAUACCAAAUAAUGGCCCACGAGUUCUUGUCGACGGAACAAUGGGAUCAUUGCAAAAGGCCGCAAUAUCAGCAGCAGUAAAUCCUGAUAAAGCCUCGAGUAGACAAGUAUUUACAUCUACAGGACGUCAAACGUAUACGACAGGCAAAAUAUUUUGGAACAAUACUGGUAACAGUUAUGGAAUGUGCUCAGGUGCAAUUGUUACAUCUAACAACAAAGACACAAUUGUUACAGCUGGCCACUGUUGCUUUGAUCAUGAUACAAAUAAAUUUCGUAUUAGUCAAAAUUUCAUUUUUAUUCCUGACUACAAAAGUGGAGCACAACCGUAUGGAAAAUGGGCAGCACGAACUAUGACAGCAUAUACUGCAUGGACAGUUAACCAAAACUUUAAUUACGAUGUUUGCUUUGUGAAUCUCUAUACAAAUUCAAAAGGUCAACAUAUUCAAGAUUUAUUAGGUGCUGAAGGAAUUGGUUCUAAUUAUCCACGAAAUGCGAUAACCUAUUCAUUUGGUUAUCCAUACAAUUUAGCACAGGGUGAAAUAAUGCAGUACUGUUCAGGUAGCGCUGCAGCUUCGAAAUACGGUAAUGGUUAUACUGGUCAGACAAUCCCAUGUGAUAUGACUGGUGGUUGUUCUGGAGGUCCUUGGAUUCAAAAUUUUACCGCAUCAACUGGUGUUGGUUAUAUCACAUCAUUGAACAGCUUUUUAAUUACCACUAUUCCAAAUUAUAUGAAUGGACCGUAUUUCGAGUCAAAUAUUUGGUCAUUAUAUCAAAAAUGUAUGGUUUAA